AUGAAAUUUUAUAUUACCGGUAGGCCAGACCCACUGAGCACGACAUCCCCGCUAUUAGCGGGCUGUCACACUCAGUUUCCAACUUACCCACAAGCCCGCAAGUCGUUCCACUCGCCAAAUCCAAGUCCAAGAGUGCGUCUCACCUAUUUUCUGUUGUUUACAGCGUCGACUGCGUUCCUUGCUUCUGGUAGCAUGGUGUCCAUUAAUAACAACGCUGAAACGAGGUCGCUGCGAUCUUCCAAGACGGUUGUCAAUGGCGACGCGGCAGAAGAAGAACGUGUACUCGGUUUUGACUCAAGCGAGAUAAAGGCUUUGAAUAAAUUAGCGAACAGUCAAUUUCACAGGAUGGCAACUGACCCGGAACACUUGAGAAUGAUUUUCACUUCCUGGAAGCAGGCGGUGCAGCCACUAGAAGAAGCCGCAGACUACAUGAGAAGGCAAGGUGUUAGUGAAUCGGCGAUCAAGCACUUUAUCGCUGCGUACUUUAAGCACUAG